GGUGUUUACAAACACUCUUGGGGUGUAAAGUAACCCAUGGUGCUCACCACAACACCUAAGGGUGUAAUCCUACACUGACCCAUCACAACUUCCUUUGCCUUGUGCAUUGUUGUUUAAUAAUAUUGUUCAUAGGACGCAAUGUCAGAAAAUUUCAUCAUCCCAUAUCACAUUCUCUUCACUGUUUUAUUAGGCCAUAUAGGAGUUGAGUUGCAAAAGCCUAAGCCAAGUUUGAAAAUAUUAAGGAAAUAAUGAGAAGCAGUUUUGAAAGUACGAUUAUAUGCAACUUGAUUGCAAUGUUCGAUUUUUUUCAGGUAGACGAGAAUGGAUUUUGAAUGAUUCUCCUUCAGUUCAAGACAUCGUUGAUAAGUUCCCUCCUCUUAAAUAUGUAUGCACUUUGAUUAAUCAUUCUAUCAGUAUAAUUAUAAUGAAUUAACAAUGGUAACAAAGAGUAUAUAAAAAUUGCUGAAGAAAAUUGGCAGGAUUUAUUGAUAUCUGCCAAGAUUGGUAUAAUUUUCUUUGCAGAGUUGGAGUCACAAAUCAAUAGGGAUGCCCUUUCAAAGCAGCAGGAAGAGGAUUACAGCUGCUGCAAAUGAUCCAUUCUUUUGAGCUUACUGAGCUGAGCUUUUGCUUGCUCCUCGAGCAAAAAUAUCACUUGUGCAUCAUGCAGCGGUUUUCUAAUGAGCCUGACCUUGAUGAGGCUGUGAAGAAAAUCAUUGAAAACCAUGGUUACAUCUCUGUGGUUACUUCUGAUAAAAGGACUCAAGCAUUAUUUAAACAAUAGACUUUUUUCUUUUUUUUAUCUUAUGCUCUUUAUUGUAUCGUUGCUCUUUGUAUCUCAUGCUCUUUUACUGUGAAAUAUUUUUGUCACUUCAACAGUAAGAGCAAUGGCGCUACUGCAACAACGAACAGCGCUCUAGAGCACCAACUGCGUGU